AUGAAGUUGUUGACAUCGAAGCGUCGUAAGCGACGGCAGAAUGAGCCAAAAGCAUGGUCCCUCCAACCACCCAAAUCAUCAUCUUCCACCAAGUCUAUAGAUUUGAACAAAAAGGCCGAGACGAUCAAUUUACUCUUGCUUCAACCACAGGUUGAUCUGUGGAAACUCCGUGAACUUUGCUUGUCCGAAGGUGGAUUGGUCAAUGAUACGCUGCGCAAACGAGCGUGGCCCAAACUAGUAGGACUUUCUGUUUAUUCCAAACUGGAGAUUGAAGCAAGUAAUACAAAGAGUCCAAAACGAAACCAGCACAACAACAAGACAUCUCCUCAGACAGGAGGGGUGUCUCGGUCGGAAACCAUUGACGAGAAUUCCGUCGAGGAUGAAUCGAUUUUGUCACCGCCAUCAAGUACUACCAAAUCAGCAACGGCAAUGGCAGGCAAUGCUCCUCAAUUUGAAAUUGAUGCCUCGGUCUUGGAACAAGAACAACAACAAGCACAACAAAAGGAAGGCGAGACUACAACAGAUCAUCAGCGUGCCAAUCAUGAUGACGAUAAUAAUAACAAUGAUAAUACUCCCCAAGUCUUGUUUCCACUCCAUGUUCCCGCUUGCAUGGAUCAAGAACAAAUUGAACGAGACGUUGCACGAUGUACGUGGCAUUUAUUGACGGGAACCCAACGAAGUCGUCGACUCCAACAUGAAAACAAGCAUCGCAAAAAGGUGGCCUCCUUGCUCAAAAAGAAACAAAAACGACUGGCCAAUCUCAUCAAUUUGACACUCAGUGGUCAACAACAGCAGCAGCAGCAGCAGGAUUAUUCCGAACUGAGGUAUUAUCAGGGAUAUCACGAUGUUGCUUGCAUCUUUUUACACGCACUGGGGAAUGAUGGGAAUGAUCAAGAUCCCUUGGGUGUCGACUUGCCAGCACGGGUCUUGCAACAAGUCAGUCUCUUUCAUUUGAAAGAUUCCUGUUCGUCGUCCUUUCAAGGUUUGCAACAAUGUCUCCAUUGGACGAUAUUUCCACUCUUGGCCAAACUGGAUCCACAAUUGCACAAUCAUUUGAAAGAUUGUGACAUGGAACCCUUUUUUUGUUUGUCGUGGAUCAUUACCUGGUUUUCCCAUGACAUUCGGGACACCAAUCUGGUCAAGCGUCUCUUUGAUGCCUUUUUGGUCAGUCAUCCACUGUUGGUCGUCUAUCUGAGUCUGGCCAUGAUGAUUCAUCCGUUCAAUCGACAAAUUCUACUCGAAACGGAUUGUGAUUUUGCCGCCUUGCAUCAUACGCUGAGCAUGUUGCCACGACAUUCCUCCACGGUGGGUUGGAAAAAGGCUCGUCAAGGGGGAGGGUACAUUAGUGCCGACGUUAUUGAAGAAAGUGAAGACGACGACGACGACGACGACGAAGAAGAAGAGGAUGAUGAUGAUGACGACGACGACGAACUUGUUUCCGAACAAUGGGAUGGCAGUGUGGCAGCAUCGGACGAUGCACUGGGGCACUCGCAUACCACUGCUACCACUUCGACAUCUUUGACACCAACGCCGUCCGUUGCUAGCUCUACAACUGCUCCUGCUGCUGCCGCCAAUGAUGGGGCACUGGUCGUGGGGGACAAGCAUGGGACGACGACACACUCUUCUCAAGAACGAGUACCAUUUCAAGUAUUGAUUGAAACGGCAUUGGGAUACAUGCAACAUUAUCCGCCAACCUGUUUAAUGGAAUUGGCAUCUUGGUAUUACCAACAGGAACUAUUCGAUGCUGCUGCGCCAUCGGCUCAUAAUAUCCGCAUGCUACAACCGUCACCAACUUGGGCGAUUGAAACAUCUAUUACAGCCGAUUGGGUCGACAAGCAACGGAUUCGACAGCAAAUGGGUUUGGCCAAGACAUCACGAAAGGAUCGACGACGAAAGCGUAACAAUAUCGUGGCCGAUCAACAACAACAACAACAACAACAACAAAUGCAAUGGGAAAUAAAGUUGUUUCGACCAAAUAACAAGGUAUUGUCAGUGGAAGAAUAUUUGCAAAUACACAAACGAACCAUGGCCGUCGUGGCCUCGGGUCGUGGACCCUAUGGUGCCAAGGAGCAAGAAUUGUAUCAGAAACGAUUGAGAUUGGUCAUGAGGGGGGCAGUCGUCGUUGGAUUGUCCGCCAUUUGCAUUGGGGUUCUUCGUCAGCAGUAUUUUACUACUACUACUACUACUACUACUACUAGUAGUGCUGAGGAGACUGGGAUGGUAUCAGUGGAAACUACUGCUACCAAGGUGGAAUUGUUGGACGCUGUUUUACCAAACGAGGUAACGUCCUUGGUCGAAAGGAGGAGGAGGGUUCCAGAGACAGCAACAGACGCUGUUCACCAAUCGGUAGAAACCAAGCCAUUGGGCGAGGUGGUGGAAGCACAACGCCAAAGUCGCAGCAGCACUGCUGCUACUACUACCACUACUACCACUACCACCACUACCACUACCACCAUUGCAAAUGCAAAUGCAAAACCCACGGUAUCCUUUACUGCCAAGACAUCAUCACUGACGAAUAAGAGUCGUCCAAGUGGCAGCAAACCUGUGCUGCCGGACACGCUGACACCCGCUAACCUAUUUCCGUCACUUCACAGUACUGCUAGUACUGAUCGUAAUACUGUGGAAGUUCCAAACCAGGGCGGUGACGAUGCAAAGCCGAAACCAUCACAUCUCUUGUGGAACAAGGCAUGGAAUGAAGAAUUGAAGAGAAUGACAAUGAUCAUUUACCGCUAUCUCUAUCAUUGGACCUCCAAGCUGAUUUUGAAACCGAUUCAGUUUCUCAAGAAAUUUUUUUUCCAGUAG